AGUUCAGCAGUGCAUCUGAAAAGAACAGAUAAUCGUUCUAUUUUCUAUUGCUGAACUAAUGUACACUUUUAAAAUUUAAACAGAGAUAGAUAUAUAGAUAAAAUUUUAUGCAAGAAAGAUGAGAGAGAAUUAGUGCACCCAAUUCAGCAAUAAAAACAGACUUCAUGUUUCCGAUCGUAUUUUUCAAUGAAUUAAAUGAAGGUUAGGUUUCAGUGUUUUAAACAUAUUUAUGUUUGGAAAAUCAUGACGUACAGUUGAUGCGGCUUGCGUAAUUAAAAACAAAGCAUAUUAGAAGUUCUAAACAAGUUUAUAAUGUCCGUUCCGUUUUUUAACGUUACACGGUCAUUAACAAUCGCCGCAAGAUCGAAACGGCGGGUUGUUGUCACCGGCAUAGGAGUUGUAUGUCCGUUAGGAGUUGGAACACGAAAUGCUUGGGAAGCUCUCAUUGAUUCUAAAUGCGGAAUCACGGAAUUGUCCGAGUCAGGUUACGAAAAAUUACCUUGUAAAAUAGCUGCUCUGGUGCCAAAAGGAAGCGCUUCACACCAGCUCAAUAUCAACGCCCACUUUACAAAGAGCGAGUUACGCACAAUGUGCCCUGCUACUGUGUAUGCGCUUAUAGCUUCCGAGGAGGCGCUCACCGACGCUAAAUGGAAGCCAGACGAUGAAAAUGAUAAACGCGACACUGGAGUUUCAGUAGGAAUCGGCAUGAUAGAUCUGAUGGACGUGUGCGCGACAAACGAAGCUCUGAAGAACAGUUACAGUAAAGUCAGUCCGUUCUUUGUACCCAGAAUAUUACCGAACAUGGCAGCUGGACAGAUUAGCAUCAAGUAUGGUUUCCGAGGACCGAAUCACUCCGUGUCAACCGCUUGCGCAACUGGUGCACAUGCAAUUGGCGACGCAUUCCGCUUUAUCCGCGGCGGUGAGACUAAUGUGAUGGUAUGCGGCGGUGCGGAGGCAUGCGUCAGUCCGCUGGCGAUAGCUGCGUUUUGUCGACUGCGGGCGCUGAGUACGAGAAACGAAACUCCGUGGGAAGCGUCCAGACCGUUUGAUAAAGACCGCGACGGCUUCGUAAUGGGCGAAGGCGCCGCGAUACUCGUGCUGGAGGAAUUGAACCACGCGCUCGCCCGAAACGUGCCUAUUUACGCAGAGGUGUUGGGUUACGGGCUGUCUGGCGACGCAUCACACAUUACGGCGCCCAGCGAAGACGGUAUCGGCGCGCUAUUAGCGAUGGACAGAACGAUGAAGGACGCCGGCAUCGAGAACUCGGAGGUGACGUUCGUGAACGCGCACGCCACGUCUACGCCGCUUGGCGACGGGAUCGAGGUGAAGGCGAUAGAAUCGUUGAUGGGCGAGCAUAGCGGAAACGUGACAGUGACUAGCACCAAAGGAGCUCACGGUCAUUUAUUAGGCGCCGCUGGCAACUUGGAGGCAGUCUUCACAAUCUUGGCGAUCAAAGAGGGUAUCAUACCACCCACGUUGAAUUUGCACAACCUGGAUAUGAAGACGCGCUUAAGGUUCGCAGCUCACAGGAAAACUACAUGGCAUUCGACGACGCGUCGAACUGCUUUAAAGAACGCGUUCGGCUUUGGCGGAACAAACGCGUGUUUGUGCUUCACGCAAUAUGUCGAUUAAACGGGUUCAAUGGUCGCAUAUAGCUAUAACGUUGUUAUAUUGUGAUAUCACACAAUAAUGUGAUCGUAAUGAUUAGUCUCUUCCUGAAAUGGAUUCCAAGAGUGAAAACGGCGAUAAUAAAGAUAGGGAAUUGUUGCUGCAAGAUUUGUUACGUAACGUGUACAUAUAACUGAUGCUAUGGAAUUUAAAAGGAGCAGAGAUUUGAUGACUGAUGAAAUUUCACACGUGAGUAUCAAUGAAUAGUGGCUUAAAUAUUUUUUAUACAACAUACAAUAUGUAAAUAGCAUUUUACGACAAACAUCCAUUUUAUAGAAUGAUCUUACAAUGUGUAUGUGUGUGUAUGUAAUGUAAUUACACGGAGUGGAUGUGUACAUUUGGAAUAAUAAAAUAUAUGUAUUAUACAUAUAUAUAAUGGAA